AAAGAUGAUGCAAAGCAACAUUAGAAGAGCCCUUCAGAAGGGCAUUGGAAAAAGAUAUAAGCACCAUAGAGAGAUCGAUGACACUAUCAGAGCUACAGGAUUGACUAACACUCAUGUUGUUAGAAACCCAAGUGUCGCCGAGAUUUAUGAAUAUGCCAUGCUUCCUCAACUUAGAGAAUCUCAUGAUAGGAGAGUUAGAGAUACUGUCAUCAGCUCAACUGGAGCCCUUGUUAACUACUCUGGUCACUUGAUGGGAAGAUCUCCAAAAGACAAGAGAGUAGUCUACGAUGAACUUACUCAAGACCAGAUAUGGUGGGGAGAUGUGAACAAGCCUAUCACUCCACAUGGAUACGACGCUAAUAGAGCUAGAGCUAUGGACUACCUAAACACUAGGCCAUACGUUUUUGUCAUUGAUGGACUUGCCUCAUGGGAUCCAGAAAACCGUUUCUCUGUCAGAGUCUUCUGUAACAGGCCAUACCAUGCCUUGUUUAUGAAGCAAAUGUUGAUCAGACCUACUCCUGAUCAAAUCGACAAGGAAUUUGAAGAUGGAGCAGAUUUCACUAUCAUUAAUGGAGGUGAGUUCCCAGCUGAUCCAGGAAACAACUCAGUUACUGGUGAGACCUCUGUAGCUGUAAACCUUAGAAAAGGUGAGAUGGCUAUCCUUGGUACUCAAUAUGCUGGAGAAAUGAAGAAGGGUCUUUUUGGUGUUAUGCACUAUUACAUGCCAAAGAGAGGUAUUCUUUCCAUGCAUGCAUCUGCUAACGAAGGAGAAGAUGGAGAUAUCUCUAUCCUCUUUGGGCUUUCAGGAACUGGUAAGACCACUCUUUCGGCUGAUCCUCACAGACACUUGCUAGGAGAUGAUGAACAUUGCUGGACUAAGAAAGGAAUCUUCAAUAUUGAAGGAGGAUGCUAUGCUAAAUGCAUAGAUCUUUCAGAAGAAAGCGAACCAGAGAUCUACAAUGCCAUUAAGUUCGGAGCAAUCCUUGAGAAUAUCGCCUUUUCUAAAGAUAGUAGGAGAGAGGUAGACUAUCAUAACGUAAGAUUGACUGAAAACACUAGGUGUGCAUAUCCACUUGAGUAUAUCCCAGGUGCAAAGAUUCCAGCUGUUGGAGGGCAUCCCAAAAAUAUCUUUUUCCUUGUCUGCGAUGCUUAUGGCGUCCUUCCUCCAAUUGCUAAGUUGAAUAGAGAUCAGGCUAAGUAUCACUUCAUUUCUGGAUACACCUCAAAAGUUGCUGGAACUGAAGUUGGUAUCACUGAUCCAGUUGCCACCUUCUCUGCUUGUUAUGGAGAAGCUUUCCUUCCAUUGCAUCCAUUUACUUAUGCAAAGAUGCUUGCUGAAAAAGUUGAGGAACACAACACCAAUGUCUGGCUUGUCAACACUGGAUGGACCGGAGGAUCAUUUGGAAAGGGUACCAGAAUGAGACUUAGCUACACAAGAAGAAUGAUAGAUGCUAUUCACCAAGGGGAGCUUGAUGGUGCUGAAUACAAUCAAUUUGAUGUCUUUAACUUGGCUGUUCCAUCCCACAUUGAAGGAAUCCCAGAUGAUAUCCUCUGGCCAGAAAAUACCUGGGAAGACAAGGAUGCUUUCAAGACUCAACUAAGAAAACUUGCUGAACAAUUCCAGAGUAACUUCAAGAAGUACGAAGACGAGACUCCACAAGAAGUCAUUGAGAAAGGAGGCCCCACAAUUAGUUUUUAA